CCUCUGAGGGCGAUAAUGGCGGGCGCGGCCAUGGCGCUGAGGGCGGGGCGGGCCCGCGCAUGCGCCCCGGCCCCGCGCUGCGUCUCGGCCGCUGUGAGGGAGCGGAGCGGGCGCUGCCGCGGCCGCGCCGCCGUGAUGGGGCCGCCGCCGCUGUUGCUGCCGGUUCUGGUGCUGUGGGGGCUCGGCGGAGCGCGGGCUGAGGACACGUGUGGGAUUCCAGACAGGCUGCAAUACGCAGAGCUGGAGGAGGAGUUCAGAGGAAUAGAGAGUUUUCCUGUUGGAAGUCAAGUCUCCUUCAUCUGCCGGCCGGGAUAUAUGAAAAGCCCUGGAAAAUCCUUAACUCUCACGUGUGGUCCUGACUUACAGUGGUCACCCAAAGAGCAGUUUUGUAUAGAGAGAAGAUGUAAGCACCCAGGAGAAUUAGCACAUGGUGUUGUUGAUGUGACAGAUCUUACAUUUGGUUCAACUGCUACUUUUUCUUGUCGAGAAGGAUACAGAUUAUUUGGAAAGGAGCAGCUUACCUGUGUAAUUAAGAAUGAAGGUGUUGAUUGGGAUGGUGAGAUACCUUUCUGUGACGUGAUUCCCUGUGGUCCCCCUCCCAGCAUCACCAACGGGCACCACACGGAGGCUGCCAGCUACGUGUACCAGACUGCAGUGAGCUACUCCUGUGAUGAUGUCCCAGCAGGCUCAGAUCCCUUCUCCCUCAUCGGCUCAGAUACCAUUUUCUGCACCUCUGAUGAACACUCAAAUGGAGUUUGGAGUGGGCCACCUCCACAGUGCAGAGUGGUCAAAUGUGAAAACCCGAGAGUUAAAAAUGGGUACAAAAUAUCUGGAUUUGGGCCUUCCUAUACUUACAAGGACUCGGUCCAGUUUGUGUGUGAUGCAGGCUAUUACCUGGUUGGAGAAGAUAUAAUUUCCUGUGCAGAAGAUAACACUUGGUCUCCUCCAAUACCAACCUGUGAGAAAAAUGUGUGUGGUGCUCCAGAGGUCACAAACGGAGCCGUGGUUCCGCUGAAAUCUGUCUACAAUGAAGGAGAGUCUGUUAAGAUAAAGUGCAAUGCUCGCUGCUCUUUUCCUGAUGGCACUAAGGAGGUGACAGUGGCUUGUCAGGGACAGAAGACAUGGAGUUAUUUUCCAAAGUGUAGAUGUGGGCCUGAAAGUCCUGGUUCCACUCCAGGUACAAGUCCUGGUUCCACACCAGGCAUAAGUCCUGGUUCUGUUCCAGGCAUAAGUUCUGGUUCCACACCAGUCAUAAAUUUUGGUAGAGUAGUUGUGGGACAAAAGCCUUCCUAUGUUGUGGGGGAUUGUAUUACCAUUGAAUGCUACGCAGGGUACACGUUGCAAGGUGAAGCUGAAAUUCGGUAUAUGGGAGGAAACCAGUGGUCUCCUGGAGUGCCAACCUGCCAGCUGAGUGGAUAUGUCAUAGCCUGCAUCUGUGUGCUUGUGGUGAUCGUGGUGCUCCUGGCAGCCUUCUGGGCUUAUAAGAAAUUCUUUUCACAGAAUGGCGUCUGAAGAGCCUGAGCUAUUUUGGGAUUUGUCUGUACUACACUGAAAAUGACACCUGUUACGCACAGACACAAAUGAGAAGAAUUACAAGCUCCUGGUUUCUCAGAUAUGAUUCUGCAGAAAAUGGGACGGGAUCCUGUGAGCCAGGGACCUGGGAGAGCAGCACAGGGGUGAAGGGGAUGACCCUGGUGAACCGAACAGCCAGACACCAGUACAAAAAAAUAUAAAAAGUCUGUUGGAGCUGAUGCAAGGGGAAAUCAAGCCUCCAUGUGACCAGAAGAAGUAGUGCAUGAUCAACUAAAUGCCACAAUACAUGGUUUCUUAUGCAAUCGAGCCCAUGGGAGUUCAAGCCUUGCACAUACACUUUGUGGCCAAAGCUGCAAGGAUUAACUCCUUCGGUUAACGACGGCGAGAGCACCCGGCUCCUGAAAUGAGUCACCCUCGCUGAAGUAGGCCAGUGUUUGCUGCCAUGGGAAGCUGCCUGUGCUGGUUUCAGUUACCCCUGAGUUAUCUCAGAAGCUCCAACGUGCAGGGUCGGGGCGGAUUUUCCACAUUCCCCGUUUUCCCCCCUGGUUUGCACGGCUCCAGCUCUGUGCGGGCAGAUGGGGACCACCUCACUGGAGCUGUGAGCCCCACGGAGCUCUGAAUGAGCAAGAUAAAGCACUUGGAGCCUCAGGAAUGGGACAGUUGACUGGUGCUUUUAGGUCACAGCAGUUUUAUCAGUCGUGUGGUAUAUUAAAAAGGUAAAAUGAAGCUUUGGUUUAUUUCAAAUUAUCUCUUUUUGGUUGCUUUCAGGGGAAAGGUGGCAUGCAUUUAAUGGUUUGCUUUCAUUUGAAAAUCACCAGCCCUGGAAUGUUUCUACUUUUACCUGACUGUUAAGUACCUUCUGGUGGCACUCAGACUCCCAAGAAGACUCAAGGCCACACUGCCCUGUGCACAACUAAGUGUGUAACUAAAAAGACUUGGCACAAUGGAAAACUUCAGCACUUGGAAGUGAGUAAUAAGGCCCAAAAUAAUUAAAGUCAUGUUCUAACGCUGUUGGUGAGAAUUUGGCAUUUUCUGUAAAGAAAUAGAGGCCAUGAUUCCAUAGUAGAAAUUUAGGCUGCUUUUUUAAGUUGAGCCCAUGUACAUAUUUUAUACUGGUUUUGGGGUUCUUUUUGCCCUUUUUUUUUUUUUUUUUUCCCUCCAAAGUCUAAAAGCAGGAAACAGAGCUUUGGUUUUGUAAGAACUGCCUAUGAGGGUACAAAGUCCUGGGCUAGAAAGCAAGCUUGGUAAAUGGAAGUUGGAAGCAGAGAUCAGUAUCUCCAUGUGAAUGGCAGUGUAAGAAUCCAUUCCAAAACAAGGGCUCACAGCUGAUCACAGCUGGGCCAUGGGUUAAAAAAAUUAAAAACUUUUUAUAGUGUAGACACUGGAACAAGAUUUCACAACUUAUAAGUGGAGCAGUUCAGGCUGGAUGUUGGUGGGGGGGAAAUUUUGUCUUGAGGAGAGUGGGAAGGAUGGAACCCCCAGACAUCAAAAGUCUGCUGUCACUGACAGUUUUCCUCAGCACCAUGAAGGGAUCAGGGAGCAAUUCCUCAGUGAGCACAGGAAGUGUGGGCUUGCACUGCUUCUGUGCCAAACUGCACCUAAAGGUUCAUCCUCAGUUCUCCGGCGUGUCCCGUGCGAUUCUCCGCCGUCACGCUGCAAUGACCUUAAUAGCAAUAACAUAUGGAGGCUGACAUUCCAGGCAUCUCCCCCUCGUGCACAUCACUGCUGCUCUGCUCUUGUGGGUGAUAAAAUAACCUCGGCCAUCCACUGAGGAAGGCCCUUGGUCUUUUUUAACGACGAAGGAAACCCUCGUGGUCCUGCCCGCACUUCCAGCUUCCUGCUGGCGAAGCCUUGGCUCGGCUUUCGGUUUAAAUGCCAUCGGCCACACCUUCCUCCACUGCAGGAAACACAUUGUUAAAAUCAGGGCAUGUUCCUGUUUAACUAAAAGGCUGAGAUAAAUAAUCCAAAGGCCCCGAUUAUGCCAGACAAAUUCCUGCCCGAGACGUAGCAAGUCUGGGCAGCUGUAAAUCUGUAACCCCCCGACCUCGGCACCCACGGAAGGGAUGUCUUGGCACAUCCCCGGGGGAGCAGCUGGGGAUAAAGGGAAGGAGCAAAGAAUCAGGCAGAGGUGGGCAGGGGAAUGGAAAAGUUCCUUCCCUUUACCAACCCAGAGUCCUAAAAGUUGCUUUAAAAUGCAAAAUAGUCCGUUUCUCAAGUGUUGAUGUGGGGGAGCUCUUUUUCAAGACCUUUAAUUUGUCAGCCUUACAAACAACUCACCACCUCAGUGAAACAACCAUUUCCAACAAAAAUCUGUCUUGGCACAGGAUUCCCAACCAGCUCCACUCAGGGAAUACCUUCAGAAACAGGAACGUGUAGCCCAGCUGCCAGGACUGUUUCCCCUAAACCUCACCAGUCAGAGGAUGGGUAAUUUUUAAAUUUUUCUUUUGACCGUUGUCAUAAAGAAUCAUCCUUAAAAAAACCCCUUAAAUUAACAGUUGUCUGCAUUGACCACAAAUAAAGGAAUUUUAGUUGUUCCUUAGGGAAACUGGCAAGUUUUUCAUGUUUCCUUAUUAAAAUUAAUAAAAUUUUGCAUAUGGGAAGGCUGAGUAAAAUAAAGGUUAAAUAAUUUGACCCACGUUGUAUGUGGAAUUAGGGUCAAAGCUGAUAGGGAGGUUUGGGCGUUCCUCGCUCCCAGAUUUUAUUCAAGUUGUACCUCUUAAUUAUAGUCCUUAUUGUCCAGAAGGCCCUGAGUCAAUUAGUGAGACAUAACCAUCAUGUGAGGCAGAAGCUGCUGGAACAGCCUGGCUUUGGGAGGAGAUGGAUAAGGAAUUAUUUUGAGGAGACACUUCCUUUCAGUUUUCAAAGCAAAGCAGAAAUAAAAGUUUGAAGCCUUCCUUCUAUUUUCACAUGUGCAUACAGAACAACAGAGAAUUCAUGGUCUUUUAGUGCCACCCUGACAGCCACCGGGACAUGCAGAUUUCCAGGAAACUGGAGACUUGGAAUUCCAAAAUAGGAAUAUUUGCUAAUGCAGCAACCAGAGUCCAGGAAGGGAUAUUUUACAGUGUUUUUCCCACUGUGACUACAGGAGAAAAGUUACAGAGUCACAACAAACAUUUAGUUUUUUUCCAAAAGGUUUAUUGUUUUCCAGAAAAAUUCAGUUAGUGAAUUCCAGAGGUGUGGCCAGCGAGUCCUUUUCUCUGCCAGCCCAGUGCAUACACAUAAAAUCCCAGGAUCCUGGAAUGGUUUAGGGUGGAAGGGACCUUA